GUAAAAGUUCUCUCGCCGUAAAGCGUGACGAGGGCUAUCAACCACGUGGAGCAGCAGCAGCGAGCAGAGAUGGCGGCUGUGGAGGAGCACGUGUGCCGGACCCCGGGGCUGAACAAGUCCCAGGUGAGCUUGGGCAUCAAGGCUCUGAUCGAGCAUCACAACAAGAGGCCGGUGAAAGCGGAGAAGAAACAGCCGCUCUUCGACGUGGCCAGCAGAAUCCAGCUGAUGGUGACGGUGUGGCGCAUCCCACCCGAGGACUGCGUCAUCAAGAUAGGGCUGCCGCACUCGGUGUGCUCCGACGAUGCGGAAGUGUGUCUGUUCACCAAGGACGAGCCGAAGAUGAGCCCCGAGCAGACGUGCAGCUUCUACAACAAGCUGCUGCAGAAGAGCAACAUCAAAUCCAUCACUCAGGUGAUCCCCUACCAGACGCUCAAGAAGGAGUACAAGCCGUACGAGGCGAAGCUGAAGCUCCUGCGCAGCUACGACCUCUUCCUCGCAGACUCCCGCAUCCGCCGCCUGCUACCCUCGCACCUGGGCCGACACUUCUACGCGGCCAAGAAGGCCCCCCUUUCGGUGAAUUUGCUGCACAAGCAUCUGGACCGAGAGUUGGGCAGGUUCAUCUCGGGGACAGCCCUGCAUAUCUCGAGCAAGGGGAACUGCAAUACGGUGUUGGUGGGCAACACGAACAUGGAGUUGAACGGUAUCGUGGAAAACAUCAUGACUGUUGCCUCGACGAUGGCCAAAAAGUGUCCAGGGGGAUGGGGCAACGUUAAGGUUCUGCACGUGAAGACGCAAGUGUCCGUGGCCCUCCCGGUGUACACGUCGAGCCUUGACGCCAUUGCCACCGUGCUCAACCGCAAGGACCUCUUCAAGUCUACCGCUGACGAGGAAAAGACAAACGGGGAGGAGAAGAAGAAAAAGAAAAAGCGCGAGAAGCCGACGUCUCCCGGCGAAGGCUCACCGGCCAAGAAGGCCAAGUUGCAGGCCGAGGAGAAGCUGGGAGAGCUCCCCACGACGGAGGCUUCGACAAAGUCGUCGGCCAAGAAGAAGAAACGAGCUGUGGCCAAGGAGUCUAGCGUUUGCGUAGAGAAGGAAGUUAAAGCUGUGGAGGAAGAUGAGGUGGUGGCGUCGGUGGCCGAUGAAACUUUAAUCGGGACCCUGGCAAAGACCCCCGAGGAGACUCCGUCUAAGAAGGCGAAACGCAACCGCAGGAAAAAGAAAAAUUCUACUCCUAUUACGGGGGGGCCAGCUGCUCAGGUGACAGAAGAUGACGCAGAGGUGACGGCAGGACAUGGAAGAGGAAGCGGCCGUUGUCAGCUUCUUGUCAGAGAUUCGGAAGAACACUCCGCUAAAGACCCCCACCAAGAAAAAGACACAGAAGGAAGAGCAGACCCCAUCUUCCGCGCAGUGUGACAGCGCUGCGAAGAGGGAGAAAAAGAAAGUCUCUGCCAUCGUGGUGGAAGAAUGCGCGUCUCCUGCCCAACCACUCUGUGGCCUUGCUGAGAAGGUUUUGGUGAAGACACCGAAACGAAAAGGCGUCAAGACUCCCCAAAAGCCAACUGCUGACACGAAGCAGGAGGCAGAGAAAGAGGACAUUGUGACAGCGAGCGAUGUCCCUGCAUCUCCUGCGAUUAAUGUCUUGUCUGCAACCCCUGGGAAGUCCACCGUGAAGACGCCGGCUAAGACGCCAACACAGAAGAGAGCGAAGACCCCUUCAAAGCCGGCAUCUGAUGACGUUAAAGAGGAAGAGAACAUUCCAGAAUCGAUGGGCGUCGAUGCAAUUCCCGCCAUUGCCCCCUUGUCUGAAACGCCGGCGACAAAGUCUGUGAAGACUCCAGCUAAAACGCCCAAACAAAAACAACCAAAGACCCCUUCAAUGCCCACUGUUGCCAAAGGGAGAAAUGGGUUCGAGGAGGGGGUUUCUGCGGCUGGUGCCGACCACGGUGAGGUUCCACAAGUCAUCGAGUUGUCCGAUACUGAAGAAAUUGCGUCCACAAAGACACCGAAUAAAACACCGAAACAAAGGAAAACAAAGACGCCUUCCAAGCCGGAGGCUGCGAGAGGUAACGACAAGGAGGGAGUUUCUGCAGUUGAUGUGGACAUUUGUAAAGCUCGAGUUGUAAUCGAGUUAUCUGAUUCUGAAGAAACGACAUCGAAGACACCGGCUAAAACGGCGAAAGUCACCCGUGCCAAGACGCCCGCAAAGCGAUCCGUUGCCGCACUACGCCCUGCUCUUUCCUCGUCGACGGUAAUAACGGUCGGAGAGGGGAGCGUGAGCACGGCACCCCGCACGAGGCAGGCAGUGGAGUCCGGGAAUGCUGCGGGUAGCGGCCCUGCACAGGAGGAGGACGAUGUCGUGAUGGAACUCCCGGCUCGCACGCCGCGCCGCAAGGCGGCUCUCGCCGCUAACGAGGCCAUCAUCGUCCUGAACGAGAAGAAACGAGGCGGAGGGAGGAGGUCGAGGGCCAGCGACGCGUCGGCAUCCGAGACGGGGAGCGAGUGCGGCAGCGACGUGGGCUCGGGCCUGGAGGAUGGCGUGGCCGUGGGAGAGUGGGCGGCUCGGCGCGGGGAGGGGGGCCGGCGUAAGCGAUAGUGCCGAGAGCGUAGCUCUGGAGUUAGGGGUGUAGAUCCUUGCCGCGCCCGGGUCGUGCCGAGUCAGCCCGCCGCGGUUCAGGAGGCACCGGGUUGUUUUAUUUUCACUUUGAAAACUGAACUGUGCCGCUGACGUUAAAUGCAUAAUAUAAGUGUAGCAAGACUCGUGUAGAUGAUGACGGCUGUGUUUGAGUUGUGUUGACUGAUGUAGUAAAAAGUGUCAUUAACCGUGCCCCCUCGCCCUGCUUGGCCCUAAGCCAGAUGCACAUGUGAGGCCAACUAUAGCAUGGUUUGGUUGUGGCUGUGGAAAACUACCCGUGCAGUAAGGGCCCCCCGCGCUGGACUGGCUCGGAUCUGCCAGUGCAAAGUUGUUGGUAUUGGGCGUCUCCGUAAACCAAUUCUCGCACUUGGCUGUAAAUGAUGAGAAAUUCGUCAGACAGAAAAGUGAUUGCUAGACUGCAAAAUCCACAAUCGUGACCAUAGUUUCAUCGAAUUGGUCCUCCCAUGUAUUUUAUGCUGUGGCAUCACCAUACCCUGUGUCUAAUGGGUUAGACCACCAAGGUUGUGGCCUUAAACCGUUAUAAAAUGGUUACCUUGUUGAAUCUUGUUUGUCCAUUUGCAUUAUACACAUGGAAUCCAUUUGGAACUCUUACCACGUGUCAGAAUGCCCUUCGGAAGUGACACAUUUCCUCGACACGCUAGGGGGCACUGCAUAUUUAACCAAAUAAAAAAAACCCGAAUAUUAUUUUUUUCCAUGCAGUCAUUGCCGACCAGAAUCGAACCAUAAACCCUCUUAACUUCAUAACCUACUUUAAUCCCAAGCCUGCUGAACCCUGGGUUCGAAUUUGGCUUUGGCAGCUCAGUGCUUGAACCCCUGAGCCAUCUGACCACAUCUUUGUAAUUGUAUCUGCCGCAUACAUGUAGUUCAUCUUUAAGUUAAGAUGUAGCGUCUCUCUGCUCAAAUCAACAUUUGGAUAUUGCGCAUUGCCCUUAAGGGCCUUGAGCUGUUAGUGGAAAUUCCAUGUUUACAUGGGCAGAGCAAAAUGUAUAUUCCCUGCUGUGGUGGCCACAAGUGUUUAAUAUACCAUCUUAAUGUUUGCAGAUGCCAAGCGUUGAAGUUAAGGUUUUGGAUCUGAGUAAUGUUACUCUGAAAAUUCGACCCCUUGUUUUCAAAUUUAUUUUAAAGGGGUGAAAAUGCAAUUUAACUUUGAAAUCACGAGGAACAUCAAUAGAAUAUGGUCCAGUCUUUAAUGUUAAUGUAUGGUGGUAACAGAAACUUGGUCUUACGUUAUAAAAACAAGGGAAAAAACCCUGCAGUUAUCGGUGAAGGUAAAAUAAAAUGCGGUAGUGUAGUUUAAUUCAGAUCUGUAAAUGAUGAGAAAAAAUAAAGGAACAAUGAAUUCUGGCAGGAAACACAUUUGGCAAGCAAGUGUGCAGUUGUGCAUGUACCUCGGCCUUAUCCAGACCACGAGCUCAAAGGAACUGAAUGUGUUGCCAUUUUGUUCAUACGACCAACUCAAGGAGUAGAGAAAAUGUGGCCAUCCCUACAAGCAGCAGUGAAACUGGCAACUCGACGAGUUUCAUCCUCAGGACUCCUCAUGAGUCAUUGGUGUUCGCCGAUGCCACGAGUUGAGCGGUGCACAACUGAACAGCCCUUCAGAGCCCCGAGGAUCACAUUGACCUGCCCUUAACCAUCCAGCAUGCAUCUUGUUUUUCAGUCACGCGAAACUCAAGCUGUGCAGUAAAAUAUCUGCAUAUUCGCAUUCAUUCAAUUCAAAUGCAACGUGUAAUUAGUAUAUUUUUUAAAGUGUAAAAUGCCCCGUACGUUUGUCGCUUGCCUGGAGUGUUAGUUGCAUGCCUACUAUCUAACGCUGUAGAAGUGAUGAGGUUUGUGUAGCACGCAGAGAUAUUCCCCUGGCUGGCUGGACUACGAGUUUCCAUAAAGCGGUACAGUAAGUAGGCAACAGGCCUACUAACCUGUACAUUUUAUUAAGCGUUAUGUUCUUGAGUGCGUGCGUUUAUUUCCGGGCGUUCUGAUUUCCGCCCACUGCAUAUGCAUCGAUACCUUGUAAGGAAAACAUUAGCCAAACGGGACACUCCUGAAAGUCUUGAGACUCCAUUAAGGUGUCCUUGAGGAUAGUACUGUUUGCAGAAAAAGAUCAUAGUUUUGUAUUGCUUAUGUAAACUUGUGUUUUGUAAAUCAUUACGAACAAGAACUAAUAAAACUCACAUUGGUAUUA